UGGCAUCCUAGAAAGAGGCGGGGCUUGAAUUGUGGCGCGCGGCAUGAAUUUAUCGCGAGGAGGAAAAGAGAAGGUCCUGCCGGAAAGCCUUUAGCAGAAACAGGUCCUGCCAAAGCAGUAGCUGCUGGAGGCGAGAGCAACGUUGUAGUGCUGCUCCUUCUCUGUUUCUGUGGAUUAUGACGUCACAGUCGCUACUGCGGGAGAGAACUCAGAUGUUCUAGACUUCAAACGUCCCUAACCUCGUUCCGAUCACACCCGAGCGGCGGAUUCUGUCAUCGGUCGGUUGCUUCGUUCUCAUCCAUCGUAGUGUGACGUCAGGUAGAGACAUCAUGCGGCGUGGCUUACCUGCUGGCCCCAGUUCUAGAAGAACCCCCUCAACCCCCCCUUCACGCCGUGGACGUGGGCGGUCUCCUGGACGUGGGCGACCUGCUGGAACACCUCCAGGGCGCAGGCCGCCACCCCGAGCCUCUCCACGCCGUGCACGCCAGGAACAGCCUCCAGAAGUAGAGAGAGUGCGGCGGCGGCGAAGGUACCGACCUGGCCAGCGGGCUAUGCUGGAGAUCCGGAAGUACCAGAAAAGCACCAACCUGCUCAUCCGCAAGCUGCCCUUUGCCCGUGUGGUGCGUGAGAUCUGUCUGGAUUUCACCCGGGGAGUUGACAUGCAGUGGCAAGCUAUGGCUUUGGAAGCUCUGCAAGAGGCUGCUGAAGCUUUUCUUGUGCAUCUGAUGGAGGAUGCCUACCUCUGUGCCCUCCAUGCCAAACGCGUCACCCUCCACCCUAGAGAUAUACAGCUGGCUCGACGGAUCCGUGGCAUCCAGGAGGGCUUGGGCUAAUGCCUCUCUCUUGUCCCCAAGCUGAGGAUGCGUCUUCUAGGACUGGAAAGCUGGAUGGAACAUCUCUGAAAACCCAGAGGACACUGGGAUCUGUUUCUGAGGUUGCAUUCAUUCUUUGGAUCUAGAAGUCCCUGGUUGGCCAAGCACAGGCUGCCUCCUUCUCCUGGUUAGAACUCUGAGGAAUUCUAACCCUUCUAGCUUUGCUCUUCAAAAGUGCCUUGGUUAUAACUGGUGGAAUUCAGUAUGGUGAGAGGGUGCAAACUGAUCAUCAUUGAAGUAGGAUCAUAGGUUAUAAUCUAGCCAAAAGCUGAGUACCGUUUAUGCCUCAUUUUUAACGGGAGCUGUUGAGCAUGUGCAUUCAAAGCAGAGGUAUAAAAGUGUUUAACUUCUGGCAGGGAUGUAUCCAUAGUUUUUACAUAGAAUUUUAAAGUUUUUUGACUUCUUAAAAGAGAUUUUAUAUUUGCUCUUGUUGUUGUGCAUGUAUGUUCGCAUGUGCUGCUGCUUCUUCCUCCUCUUUCCCUGUAUGAACAGACACAUUGGCCUUUCCCCAUCUUCUCCCUACUGUUCACUUCCAUGUCAUCUAUAUUCCAACAUUUUACCUCAGAAAUAAAAGGAGGAGAAUGGGGUGCAUGUGGGGGAGUCAUGCAAUUGAAACUGAAUGUGAAGAAGUCACCCAACCCAAAACAAUGCUUCCUUAUUCCCCGCCCUUACCUCAUAUUUCUGCCUCAGGAAUGCAAUCAUGGAAUAGGGGAAAGUCUCUCAAUCAGUUCUGAGGGGAAAGCGAGCUUGCUUCACGCCUAAUCCCUGCCAGAAGUUGUGGGAUACAAAUCCUGUCAAAUUAAGCCAGUGAAGCCUCUGUGGUAAACUCUGUAACAAAACAUUCUUACUUUUUCUCUCUUCAUAAAUGGAAGCAGAGAUAGGACUUUUAAGUAGUGGCAAAAUGUAUUUGGAAUGCAUCCAUGGUGAAGAAGUGUUUUCCAUUUUAUUUUUUUUAAUCAAAAUCUUUUAUUUCAAAGUAGAAUAAAAUGGAUUUGAACUUU